GUUCGAGUUGUUACUAUGGAUGCAGAGCUGGAGUUUGCCAUCCAGCCAAACACCACAGGCAAACAGCUGUUUGACCAGGUGGUUAAAACCAUAGGUUUGCGAGAAGUAUGGUACUUUGGUCUUCAGUAUGUGGACAACAAAGGAUUCCAGACUUGGCUGAAGCUUGAUAAAAAGGUUUCUGCUCAAGAAAUCAGAAAGGAGAAUCCCCUCCAGUUCAAAUUCCGUGCCAAGUUCUUCCCAGAGGACGUGUCUGAAGAGCUGAUCCAGGACAUCACGCAGAAGCUGUUCUUCCUGCAGGUGAAGGAAGGGAUCCUCAGCGAUGAGAUCUACUGUCCUCCUGAAACAGCAGUACUUCUUGGCUCCUAUGCUGUGCAGGCCAAAUUUGGAGAUUAUAACAAAGAUGUGCACAAGCCUGGAUACCUCAAUUCAGAGCGUCUGAUCCCCCAAAGGGUGAUGGACCAGCAUAAACUCUCCAGAGAGCAGUGGGAAGAACGGAUCCAGGUGUGGCAUGCUGAACACAGCGGCAUGCUCAAAGAGAAUGCCAUGCUAGAAUACCUGAAGAUUGCUCAAGACCUGGAGAUGUAUGGAAUCAACUACUUUGAAAUCAAGAAUAAGAAAGGAACUGACCUCUGGCUGGGAGUUGAUGCCUUGGGGCUCAACAUCUAUGAAAAGGAUGAUAAACUGACUCCAAAGAUUGGGUUCCCCUGGAGUGAAAUCAGAAACAUCUCUUUCAAUGACAAGAAGUUUGUUAUAAAGCCUAUUGACAAGAAGGCACCAGACUUUGUGUUCUAUGCCCCUCGUCUGAGAAUUAACAAGAGGAUCCUGCAGCUCUGCAUGGGCAACCAUGAACUGUACAUGCGGCGCAGGAAGCCCGACACCAUUGAGGUGCAGCAGAUGAAAGCCCAGGCUCGGGAGGAGAAGCACCAGAAACAACUGGAAAGGCAACAACUAGAAAACGAAAAGAAGAAGAGGGAAACAAUUGAGAGAGAGAAAGAGCAAAUGCUGAGGGAGAAGGAGGAGCUGCUGGUGAGGCUACAAGAGUAUGAGUUGAAGACUCAGAAAGCAGAGAAAGAGCUCUCGGAUCAGAUCCAAAGAGCCAUUCAGCUGGAGGAGGAAAGGAGACGAGCCCAGAAGGAAGCAGAACGCCUGGAAGCUGAUCGUUUGGCCGCGCUGCAGGCUAAGGAAGAGCUGGAGAGACAAACUAUGGACCAGAUAAAGAGCCAGGAACAGCUGGCUACAGAGCUUGCAGAGUAUACAGCCAAGAUUGCACUUCUUGAAGAGGCAAGGAGGCGUAAAGAGAGCGAGGUUGAGGAAUGGCAAAUGAGAGCCAAGGAAGCCCAGGAGGACCUGGUAAAGACAAAGGAGGAGCUGCAGCUGGUAAUGACUGCUCCACCUCCACCCCCACCGCCUGUCUACGAGCCGGUGAACUACCAUGUCCACGAUAACUUGCAAGAUGAAGGAUCCGAGUACUCUGCCUACAGCGCAGAGUUCUCCAGCGAGGGGAUCAGGAAUGACCGCAACGAGGAGAAACGCAUUACUGAAGCAGAGAAGAAUGAACGUGUACAGAGGCAGCUGAGGGCACUGACAGAUGAGCUGGCCCAGGCUAGAGAUGAGAAUAAGAGGACCCACAAUGACAUUAUCCACUCGGAGAACAUGCGACAGGGACGUGACAAGUACAAGACGCUGCGGCAGAUCCGGCAAGGGAACACCAAGCAGAGAAUUGAUGAGUUUGAGGCGAUGUAAUGAUGCUUGUAACAAGAAGGCAGGACUGUGGGAAAGGCAGAUCUUAAUG